AGCCAAAAAAAAACCCCAAAAUUGUGAGUUCAAUUAAUUGCUCGUUCUUGUUCGAUCCAGGCUUGCAAAGUAAUCCUAUAGAGAAAGGAAUCGUGGGGAGAAAGUAAUAAAUGGUUGUGGGGUGGGGGUUUGCUUCAAAGCCAACCGAAUCUCACUCGUUUCCUAGCCUCCUCUUACUUACAAUGCAUCUUCUUUUCUUUUCCCUUCUCUAAUCAAUCCCUAUAUAUAACUUCCAAACUUGGGCCUUUUUCAAAACUGGCAAACGCAAAUUUGCGGUUACUGUACUUCAAACCCCACACCAUUAUUCACUAUAUUAACCCCACUCACUUUAAUUUCUCCAUGGCCGAAACGCCAGCCUCCCCAGGUGAUGAAAUUGAGGCCCAAUUCAUGACGAUCAAGGGGAAACGCAGCAAACGCCAGAGACCCUCCUCCCCCAGCCACUCCUCCAGCACUGGAGAUCAAUAUUAUUGCUCUUCCUCCUCUGUCUGUGUAGAAGCAGAGGAGGAUCAGGACAUGGCCAAUUGCUUGAUUCUGUUGGCUCAGGGGAGAGAAAAAUUAUCAUCAUCAUCAUCGCUGUAUCUUUAUCAGUGCAAGACUUGUGAGCGUUGCUUCCCAUCAUUCCAAGCCUUGGGCGGACACAGAGCCAGCCACAAGAAGCCCAAAAACAACGUUAAUUCCGCCCAACAACAACACCACGAUGCCGCCGCCGCAAUUCGUCUCUCCUUGGAAUUGUCCUCCGCCACCGACAAACCCAUUAAGGUUCACGAGUGCUCCAUUUGCGGGGCCGAGUUCUCGUCCGGCCAGGCCCUCGGCGGCCAUAUGAGACGCCAUAGACCGCUAACCACGGCGGCCAACCGGUCAACUACUACUCCGGCGUUGCGGGAAUUCAUGAUCAAGAAAGAAAGGGCGGUGUUGGAGUUGGAUCUUAACCUGCCGGCGCCAGAGGACGACCGGCACCGGCCGGCGGUCACCGUCUUCUCCGCCGCUUCCCCGUUGGUGGAUUGCCACUACUGAUGAUCAAAGUUAAAAUUAAUUUAAUUCUUUUGUGGGGGUUUCGAUUUGGAUUCAUAAUUAUCAUGAAUCUAUUAACAUUCACAACACCCACCUCCUGCAAGCAAACGGUUCAAUUUAAUGUCUCAAUUCAUUUGGCUAACUUUAGUGCAGUUCAUCAAUUCGAUCAAACUGAUCCCAAGUUACCAAAAAUUCUUUACUGAUCUUUGUAAUUCUUAAUUGCGUUUCUUUUAGAAUACGAUCAGGAUUUGAAACC